CCCCCGAGUGAGGCCAUUCACUGCGGCAUGAAACAAAAAAUCAAUAUCAAACAUAACGAAGCUCAAGCCCACCUUAUUUGAAUGUCUUUCAACUCCAGACUUCUCGAGUUGACCACACACAAAGCAAGGACUUACACCCACUCCCGGAGUCCCGGUCCCAGACAUGAAGAGAUCAUCACCAGAAGAUUAUGAUCUGCUGUGGUGGUGCCUCACACUUCUUGCUCUGAUAAUCGAUCUGGACUUGACAUUGGAUGCGCCGGGCAACCCUUCUUCUUUUACGGACAGGCCGAUAUUCAAUAUUGAUAUGGGCCGCGUAAGGGAACAGAGCAUCAAAGGAAGUUGUGGCAAUGCUGUUGCUGUUGUGACUGUGCUGUGGAGCGAAGUUGAUCCGCCUUUCAGGCUUAGGAGGGAGAACGGCGGCAGCUCAGAGGUGGAGGAGGAGUACUUUUGCAGGGACUCAGAUUUCGGGUUCUGUAUAGACGAUGACGGAGACGACUGCGGCGACGUCUCAGAUUUGGGAUCCAGUCAAUAUUUGGCUAGUCAGCCAACUACACAAGUAUGAGUCUGGAGGUAUUUUAAUAAAGUCUGGUAUGUAUG